AUGGACUCUGUCAAAAGUGAUGAGUAUACCGACGACGAUGACUAUACUGAUUACUGUAGUGAGGAUGACUACGAACCCAUAGACAUUAGCCAUUGCGGAGACAACACACAACCUGAAGGCUGGGCGUCCCUUAGAGAUCCCAACUUUUAUGUAAAGGCCAAUGGACUGGGAUCAGGAAGUCUGCAUCGUCAAGGGACGCAUUAUAAGCCUGUUCCUGAAGAAGUUAUAUUAGCGCAACGCUUGAAUAAACCUAUGCCUGGACAACCGCAACAAGCACAGCCAGAGCUACAACAAAAGAAGAAAAAGAAGAAAAGAAAGAAACCAAGAGUGAAAGUGACAACUUCUAUAAAGAACCCUUUGACACUAGAACAGUCGAAUUGGGCAAACCAUUCUUUAGCCACCGUACCCUUUUGGGAAACACCAGUACCCCAAACGAGUCAUAGCAGCACCCCUACUCUCUAUGAUGCUGGUGCUGAUACAGAGGAGAGUGGACAGGCAGACACACGUAGGCUGGCAUCGCUUACUGCCACACCCUCGACAGGUUGGUCAACAGAGAAGCUCUCCUCAGAGGCAUUCUGGUUGACGAAACCGGCUGCUCAGAUAGCCCAUCUACGUACGACAUCAGCACCUGCUGCAGCAGCAGCAGCACCUACGGCAACGCCUUCUGUCACACCGCCACGGUCCAACCAGCAUACCCUCCCUCGCACUCUCAUCGAUCACCCUCCAUGUAGUGUAGGCACUCAGACAUGUUUCUGUCCGCCACGAACUUUAACUACCCAUUCCCUGCCCGUGAUUCAUAUACCACCCGCAGAGCUUGAUUUGUUGACUUUCUUUGAAGCACAGUCCAGCCCCUCUGCGUCCAGCAUUGCCACCCAUGCCACUCUUUCUACUGUUACCCGUACUCAUCCUACCGCCGCCAUCCUCUCCGGUGCGACUCGUACUGCUGCUAGAGUCGACCCACGAGCAGCAGGCAACGUGGUACCCGUACUGACCCUCAUGGACCAUGGAUCACCCUCUCGUACACCCGCACCUACGUACUCCUUCUCUGCUUCAUUCAAUUCCUUGCUCGAUGACCCAUUGGACAUGCCGCCUGGUGUAAAGAGUAGGGAAGCAGGCCUACAGCCACCACUCACGCCUUUGCCCUCCUCCACAGCGCAGGCGCCGCCGCCGCUGCCGCCACCAGCGCCACUGAAGCAGCAGCAGCAGCAGCAGCAGCAGGAGGCGAUCCCAGGGAGGGCACAGAAUCGAGUCCUGCUGCGUGUCAAGUUUGAACUAGGAGCAGGUGUCACUGCCUUACUGGACAUUGAGGAGGAUUCUGAUCCGUGGGCCUUGGCCAAUCAAUUGGCUUCCCAGUAUCAUUUGGAUAUAGCGGACCAUGUCAAGAAAAAUAUAGCGGCUACCGUAGCCCGAUUAAAAUGUCAAAAGCUGGCUGAACUAGCGGCCAUGUCAGCCUAG